AUGUCUUCCUCUGAAAUCGUCCUGCCUCGACCCAAUGACGAACAUGCCUUUCUCUCUCACGCCGCCAGUUACAACCACCUUCCCGAUCUGGCGGAGGCCCAAGCUGCGGCUCACCCUGGUCUCCGAAGGACAUUCUCCGACCUGACACACCCGACUCAGUCGGACUCGCCGUCAAAAGAGGAUGUCGCGGCGGGGAAGGAUAUCUUGCGACGGACCUCCAUUCGGUCCAAGAACAAACCCACCAUUGCCGUCUCGCGGUUCACCGUAUCCGCGGAGGAUUUGUCCGAUCCGACCACCGGCUCUGAGACGCCUUCGCUACCGGCCAAGGAACCCACUGAAACGAGGCCUGUGUCUCCUGUAGCCCGUCCCUCUAAAGCUCGCUCGAUGUCAGGGAGAUUGGUCAGUUUGGCUCGGAAACCAUGGCUGUCGAACUCGCCUCCAUCGGGGAAAAGCUCCCGGCUACGGUCCCUGCGGACGGACGAGCAAUCGUCAUUGAACCCGCCGGUAGCAUCGUCCAGGUCAUCGCGAUCGAGCCUACAGUCGGACUCGGGCACUGAGUCUGAAAGCACGACUCCCGCGCGACGGAGAACCAUCUUAAACAAGCGACCGCGGCGCCCAAUGGUCGCUGUCGUCACCCAGAGUCGAUCAGAUGGCACGAGUACCCCCAGCAGCUCCUCGCCUCAGUCGCUGAUGCCGAAAACGUCGCUGGAAAAGCUAGCUGCAUCACUCAACGUAUCGACGCCAGUGCUCCCUCCAGUGCCCAAGACACCAGCCACCGCGAAUUUGGCUGCGAGCAUGGAAUUUCCGCGUAAGAAAGAUGAACUGUGGGGCGUAUUCCGCAACCUGGAGGCCGAUUUCCAGAAAUUCCAGUCCAAAUCCAGUGCCUUAAAGGCUAACGUCAUUCGCUCUUCCCUGGUACCCUUUCUCAAUCGCCAUUAUUCGCAUUCGUCAUUCAAACAGCUGCGCCCGGAGGACCUGGAUCGUCGAGUAAACAUUCUCAACAAGUGGUGGAUCGGUUUAAUGGAAAUGCUGAACGGCAAGAAUAACCAGUCGAUCUCCGGGACUGAUAGGCCCGUGUAUCUGGAGGCGGUGGUAGGAAUCAUGACGCGACCGGAAUGGAGGAUCCCUUUUCCCAUGCCACCGUCCAGUCGAAACUUCUCGAGGUCCUUGAAACAUGCAUCAACGUCAAUGUCGGAAUCCUCGGAUGGUUCCUCUGGCUCAGACUUCCUUCUGGAUUCCAUCCAUCACAACAUCAGGAAUAUUUUCAUUCAGAAUCUGCUCUCUCAGAUGGCUUUUGUGGUGGAACGGAUGUCUAUGAGACAUGCACCGGCUAGCUUAGUCGCUUUUUGCGGGAAAGCCUGCGCCUAUGCAUUUUUCUUUUGUCCUGGCGUGGCAGAUAUCCUUGUGCGAUUGUGGAACACACCACCGAGCGUCUUCCGGCGAGUACUUGACCAGUCAAACUUAAACAAGAGUAGUGGGACACGCGCAUUGGCCCAGGAACUGACCGCAAACUUUCCUGUCGCCUUGCGAAGUCUAUCGUUCUAUGCGCACACGCCACUUGUUCGAUAUCUUCGUCAAAAGCCCGAUGUCCCACUAAGCACCGCUCAAAUUCCAUGGCAGAGCCCCUGGGUAACACGAUGGUGCGGCCGAGACACAGACCUCUUCUUUGUCUUCGUCAAAUACAUCCAUGUGCUGUACGCGGAUGCGCUGCCACCGGAGCUAGAAAAGUCAAAACGGAUCCUGGCACCAGGCCUACUCCCCAUUCACUCGCAGCUUUUGGUCGUUUUGGAGGAGACACUAUACAAGCAAUCAGUGCCUCAGAUACCGGAAAGCACGCAUACCGCUUCUGCUGUCACGUUUGACGAUUUCAUCGAAGGUGCUGAUGCAGCUGUCUCGGCGCUUCCUUUGGGGACCGCGAAUAGCCAUCGCUUGAUGGCUGAAAAUCGUCUUAUCAUCUUGCUCCGCGAUUUCCUGUCUGAGUCGUCUCUCGAGCCGAACCAUGCAAGGCUGUUGUAUGCGGAAUCCUUCGGUACCAUUAUGAGAGCCGCUGCCGAGAAAACGUCACUUUUCGAUCACAAUGCGUGCUUCCUCCUGUGCGAUUUUGUUGAAGAGGUCAUUCCGAUCAUCACACGAUAUUCGCUCUCCAUUGGAGCCGACCUGUUCGACUGGGAGUUCUGGCUGGAGGUCUGUCGUCAGAUGAUGCAAAGUCACAACUCGCUCACUGAAGUGCGCGUAUUUGCUUUCCUCUUUGGCAUCUGGAGUACCUGGACUGCUUCGGAGGACAGGAAAGCGGACCUCUGUCUGAGGUUCCUCCUGGACGAGUCCGUGUUUUACCAUUAUUUCAGUCACUGGAGUCCCAUGGUCCGCGCUUAUUUCCAACGCUUGCUGUGCUGGAGGUUAGGUCGGUUCAACGAUGAUCCGACCAUGCUCGAUACCACCAUAUAUGAGACCCUCUGGAACCGGCUGCAGCGGACCUGGAAGUACUACAUGGCUUUCCAGGCCAAGGCCGAAGAAGAGGUCUCGGCACCAUUGUCGUCCGCUCCCUGUACACCUGCGCCAGGGCGUAGGAUCAUCAUCAUUCGGUGUGACAAUCAGCUGUCUCCGUCCAGCUUCUUUGUAUCCUUCGAUCGCGUUAUACCCCCGGCUCCGCCGGAGAAGUCCGCAUUUUCAGGCAGUGGCUUAUCGAAACCGGAGCCCACGGAGAACCAGCCACCCGCCAAGAAGAAAUGGAAUAUCUUAAGAGCCAUGUUCGGGGGGUCAUCCAGUUCCAAGACUGGGGGUGAAGGAUCGUCUUCCAGCAGCUCCGACGAGUCCGACUCCUCUGGCUCUGAUGCCAUGGGGGCAGGGGAGAAGCCUUUAGAUAACCAGUGGCGGCAACCCAAUGGGCCUGGGGAGUUGGGUCGGCCCCGCACAGCGCAUCAGCCUUACUCCUUCAAAUUCUCGCUGGAAUGGAUGGACCGGCCUCAGUGGCCGAGCAAGAACAAGCGACUGUUCACCCCUUGCCUCCCUGUGGGGUCGCAGCUGCACCUCCAGCUGCGCAAGACCCUGGGCAAGCAUUCAGAGUGUGACACGACGUCGGAUUACGUAUCUGCCACUGAGGGCGACGAAGACGGCAUGAGUGAUGGACCGCAAACCACUCCCUACUCUGACGAUCAGGACGAGACCCCGACGGAAGAUACCGCCGACUCCGAUCAGAUGACGGACGGGCUAGACUUCAAGCUCGCCAUGAAUGACCGGUUCGCGGCGAGCAAGUACGCUGGUCGAGCCUUGGCGGAAUGGGCGCAGAUUGUUUCGGAGUGCGACAACUUCUUCGCCCGGCGACGCGACGAGGGUGUGCCCUGCGAUCGACUGGUUGAGACCCCAACGCUGGGCGUUGAGAGUUUCCGCAAGUGA